GGUCUCGCGGAGGGAUAAAGCGGCGCGAGCUGUGGCUGAGCGAAAAACUUCUGUGCGCGCGCUGCAGCUGGGACGCGCACAACAACAACCAUAACAACAACAACAACAACAACAAGAGCAACUUACAGCUCGGUUAUGCAGAAAGAGCUGAAACACACACACGCACACUUUAACCGGCUGAACGCGAACAUGAACGGAGAACGGACACGGCGCGAGCCGGAGUGUGUGUCCGCGCACUGAGUUCAGAUCCAACACAUCCCCGCGUGCGCGCUCUCACCAUCAUCAUUAUCAUAAUAAUACAGAUUAAAAAUAGCAGCCCCAGAGCUUCUCAGGACUACUGCCCGGUGGAUUUCUCUUUCCUUUCUCCAGCUCGGUUAACGUUCCGGGACGGGUGAAGCUGAGCGCGCGCGCGCGGGCGCCGGGAUGGUGCAGAAAGCGAGCGGCGCGGAGAGCUGUGACUCCGGGGCGGCGGACGCGGAUCUGUCAGCCGCGAGCCCCGGACCCGAGAAGCUGGUGGACCCGGGCUGGUGUAAGACCCCCAGCGGACACAUCAAACGGCCCAUGAACGCGUUCAUGGUUUGGUCUCAGAUCGAGAGGCGGAAGAUCAUGGGACAGUCUCCCGACAUGCACAACGCGGAGAUCUCCAAGCGGCUCGGCAAGCGCUGGAAGCUGCUCAAGGACACCGACAAGAUCCCGUUCAUCCGCGAGGCAGAGCGCCUGCGCCUCAAGCACAUGGCCGACUACCCGGACUACAAGUACCGGCCGCGGAAAAAGGCCAAGUCGAGCGGGGGCUCCAAGACCGGGGAGAAGGCGGGCGGGGGGCCCGGAGCCCCGCUGAAGGCGCACUCCAGAAAGAGCGGAAACUCCAAACCGGGCAGCGCCAAGGCGCACAGGACGGCGCACAGAGCCGCGCCGCAGGAACCGGCGGACCACCACGCGCUCUACAAGUCCAGCAAGUCGGACAAGAAACCCAAAAGAGUGUACGUGUUCGGGACCGGAGGGGGAGGCGGGGGAAGUGUUCCCGCGAGCCCGACCCUGAGCAGCAGCUCCACCGAGUUCAGCGACACGCAGAGUCUGUACGAGGACUCGCACCGCGCCUUCCGCGCGCCCUCGCCUGCUCCCUCCGCCUCGCGCUCAUCCCAGUCCUCAUCCUCAUCCUCUUCUUCAUCCGAUGAGGAGUUUGAGGACGACAUGGCGGAGGUUCGGCGUCGCGCGAGCCCCGGAUUCGACAGCACGUCUCUGGGCAGCUUCGGCUCCUCUUCCUCCUCUUCCGCGUCCUCGUGCUCACCGGGACUCGACCGCGACUGGGACUCGAGCUUCGAGUCGUGCGCGGGUUCUCACUUCGACUUCCCCGAUUACUGCACGCCCGAGGUGACCGAGAUGAUCUCCCGGGACUGGCUCGAGUCGACCAUCUCCAACCUCGUGUUCACGUACUGAAGGAGCGCGAGCGCGCGGGACUGGAACUCACAAACAAACCGAUCAGCAGUGCAGGGGAAUGGAACUCAUCUCAUUCAAAGAAAGAGAGAAUUUCAGGAGAACUGUUUCACACGAAGUUGCAUUGAGACUCUGAAAUGAAAUGCGCAACAAAAGAACAACAACAACAACCCCAAGGUAAAAUUGCGUUUUUAUUGAAAAAAAAAAAGAGAUGAAGAAAGGAGCGGAGGCGCGCGCGCGCUGGGGCACUGAGCUGCAUUGAUUGGCAUCAGAGCUCCAGUGCAAACAUCAACAAGUUCCGCGCAUUGUGGUGAGAAGAACAUUUAAAAAAAAAGUGAGAGAUGAGAGGCGGAGUUGCAGAGGCGCGUGCCUGGGCAAGAAAAAAAAACAAGAAGAAGAAGAAGAAGGGAUUUUGUUUUUGAGCUGCAGCAGGACUGGAGGAGCUGCAAGUGUCUGCAGGGUGAGGAGAGGAAGAGGAAGAAGGAGACACAUCCAUGUCCGUGCGCGCGAAGGAAAAACCAACAACAAGAUGCAAAAAAUAAAAUAAAAUUCAGAACUGGAAAACUUAUUUGAUUUGCACGAGACGCUGUUUUCAGUCAUCUUUUUUUUUAAAAAGAAAGAAAAACAAAAAGGACAACAUUGCGACAACCACGUGACUUUUUAAUGGUACAGAGAUGGUGUGUUGGGGUCCCGGGUGUGAGGGAGAGGAUUUCUGACCCAGUGGGAGACUGUCGGGCUUUAAACAUCCCUUUAUUCAAAAAAGAAAGGAAACUAAAGGAAGGCAGGAGUGUGUGUGUGUGUGUGUGUGUGUGUGGCGGUGUUUUGUGGAACACUUCACUAGCAGUAGGUUUAUGUCCAGGCUAGAUGGCGCCAUGUUUGACUUCAAAUAAAUUAAAUAAAUUAAAUAAAUAAAAUCACCAGCUGUUUUCAUUCUGAACUUCAGGAUUCAGUCUCAGAUCUGUGCUGAACUUUUUUAAGGAAUCAGGACCAAAACUCUCCUGUUUGUUUUUUAUACUCUUGUCCAUCAUCGUGUGUUUGUUUGUUUGUUUGUUUUUCAGAUGCCAUUUUUAUAUCUAUCUAUAUAUAUGAGGAUGUAUUUAUAUACCGGCCAAGCAUUGCUUUUUUUAAAAUCAAGUUUUGUUUGUUUGUUUGUUUGUUGGUUCACAUUCCUUCUCCCAAAAAGAAGGGCUAGAGUUUUUCCAUUUUUUUAAUAUUUAAAUGUAGACUUUUUUGGAGAAAAAGAGAGCGUUUGAUUAUUUUCUCAGUGUAUUUUUGUACAAAUCUAUAUUUAAAAAAAAGAAAAAACAAAAAGAAAGAGGAAAAAAGGGGGCGUGGCGAUUUGAUGAUUUGUGUACCAGCUUUUUUCCAGCUUUUUUCUCCUUUUUUUUUAUUCGAGGUGGGUCAGUUAAAGCAAAAUCAACCUCCUGUCUGUGUUUACAGCUCCUCUCUCUCUCUCUCUCUCUCUCUCUCUCUCUCUCUCUCUCUCUCUCUCUAUUCUGUCUUUCUCUCCAUCCUGUCUCUCUCCAUUUUCUCUUUCUCCAUUCUGUCUCUCUCUCUCUCCAUCCUGUCUGUCUCUCUCCAUCCUGUCUCUCUUUUCUCUCUCUCUCUCUCUCUCUCUCUCUCUCUCUCUCUCUCACACACACACACACACACACACACACACACACACACACACACA